GCCUGGCCGAGCCGUUGGAAGGCCUCGGCCAUGGGGCCCAGGCCGGCCGCCGCCGCAGACAGCGCGGCCGCGGCGGAGGCCGGAUGCAGUGGAGCCUGGGCUGGUGGGGCCGAGGACGGCGCCGACGAGGUCGAGGCAGGGGCGGCCGAGCCGCCGAAGCUCCAGCAGAGCGAGGCCAUCAUGGAGGCGAUCAUCAGGUCGGCGAAGCCGCUGCCCAUCUUGGGCUGCCACUCCUCGGGGCAGAGCUCUCAAAGCAGGACAAGGUACGCAUACCGCUACGGAUCUUUUCUUAUUUAUUGUUUUGCCGAUCGUCGCUGGCCCUCGCACACCCUCUGCCAUCUGCCCCCCCCAUGGAGUAGAUCUUGGUUGUUUUCGGCGCCUGUGUCAAGCAGGUAG